GUGACCACCAGGGAGGCAGCGUGCUGCUGAUGUGUCUGACAACAAGAAGCACCUGAGCUGUGAAAAUACUGAAAUAAUGUUCUCGUUUGAAACCCUGAUGACGAGUCUGCAGGAGUUUGUGAUCUCCGAGGAACGAGCGGCUGAAAAUGUCAACAAAACUCUAAGGCUGUUCUUUGAUAAACUGUCUGAAGCCUCCAGGAGCAGUGUGAAGAGGAGCAAGGAGCGCUGUUUGGAGGAGGCUGUCCAGCUGCUGAGGCGGAUCUCAGAGGAUCAGCUUCGUGCAUUAGAAGACAACAACCUGCUGCUUCUGGUCAGGCUCCUCAUAUCCCUGCAGCUGCAGAUGGUCAGCAUCUCCACAGCCUGCCGUAAAGUGGACCAGAUGUUGCAACAUGUGGCAAAGGUGGACCAUCAACUGGUGUUUCGAGAAACCCUUCAGUGUUUGCACUCCAUAGUCCACAGUGAGCAGAUUUUGUCUUUUGAGGACUUGCAGAGAGCCUGCAUGUUCCUGGAGGACAGCACUAUGGGUCGGGAAGUGUGGCGAGAGUCGUACAUGUCCAUGCUGAAUAAAGUGUCUGAGUUAUUCCCUGUAGUGUUGCAGCAAGAAUCCCUGAGAGACGGACCGAUGUGUUACGUCAUUGUGAAGGUGUGUUUACAAAUAUUUCAGCUGUUGUCCAGUGAAGUGGCUCCUCUGGUGUGGGAAAAGGACCACAGGGGCCCCACGGUGCAGAAGAUCCUGCAGGCUCUUAUGGAUAUUAUCCUUGGACAGUGCUGCAACAGGGACACUCGUCUCCUGGCAGGAACCGCUGUGUCCAUGCUGAUCAACACAGCAUCAGAGAGCAGAGCUGGAGGAGCUGCUGGCUGGAGUCUGCUGCAGGUCUCUCACUCCGAGCCCUGGCUGCUGAUUGUCGGUGCUCUCCAGGUGAAGUGUAAACCUACAGGGAGGGACGCAGUGGACAGACUGGCUGUGAGCAGAGGCCUCCUGACCUGCUGUCGAACUCACAUCCUGCUGAGUUCACAUGAGGAUGCCACAGAAUGUUUACUGUUGAGAGGUUUGUUUCCCCUGGUCUCUUCUUUGUGUGAGGAGAAGCUGGAUUGUCACUAUUUUGCCUUCGAAGCGUUGACACUAUGGCUGAAGAAAGUGAAAGAAUGUUUGGUUGAUCUCUGGAAGAUAACCGGUGUUCAGCUUCUGCCUGACAACAGCAGCUUGCAGCAGCAGCUCAUUCACAUCAUCUGGACCAAUGCUGAAAGCCCAGUGGAAGGAGUGUCAGAAUUUGCACGCAGUGCCUUCGUUCUGCUGCUGGACCUCUAUGAGAAGGACUGUGAGCAGUUUUGUGAUACCAAGACGACUUUUUAUUUUACCCUGCUUCAGCGAAUCAUGAAACUACCCUGGGAAGCCAAAGCCAAAUAUCACCGUCUUUGUGCCCUGCUGCCAUAUCUGGGUACUGACAUGAUUCUGGAUCAAUAUGUGGAAAUGCCCAAUCAUCUCCUCAAGUGCUUGUCAACCAAUCACCUGUCACCGUGUGGGUCAGAGCUUUACAGAUGUCUGAUCCAGCAGCAGAGACGAGAGCUCUGCGAUGGCUCACAGAAGUCUCACACUGAGCUGGAUCUGGCCGGUCACUGGGCGAGGCGUUGGCAACCCGUUCUCCACGAGGCUCUGACGUCUGACAUGACUCUUCUACAGAACAACAGCUCCACACAGUUACUUCCCUGCACCUUUCAGGUUUUCCCCUCUGCUGUAGACCAUCUGCUGGCCUCUCUGGAUCCAUAUGCCCCUGGACACCUCUACGCCUGGGCCUGCAUCCUGAGCUCUUAUCGAGCCGUGACCGGUGGUUCUCCCUGGACUCUGCAAGGUAGUUCCACCUUUGAAACCCUCCAGUUAGCUCUGGGCUCUGCUGACGACAAAGUCCGUCUUGCUGCUCUCAAUCUGCUUUGCUACUGUCCAAAGACCAAAGACACUCCAACAUCAGAGGAGAUGACGAUAAUGAGGACGUUUAUUCCUCAGAACCUGAACUGUGAGUCCUCCCCUUUUCGUCAGCAUUUUCAGGCUGGAAUGAAGAGAUUUAUGGUUCGUAUCAGAGAUGGCUGCUUGGCACAUGUCAAAGGACAAAAGAGCAAAAAGAAAGGAGGUGCCAGCGAAUCAGAGAGGGACAACGAGCUGUUGGAGCAGGGAAUAGAGUUUGUGGAAUGGUUGAGCCAGCUUCCCUACAGUUAUCUGGCACCAGGACACAGUUACCAGAGGAAGAAGACGGCGUUGCUGCUGCUGUCUGCAGUGCUGGAGACCUGCACAGACACCUGGAACCCUGACAAGAAGAAAGGACAACCUCCCGCAAAUAUGGGGUCUCUUAUUAACUGUGCCAGACAAAGAGGACAGUGGGAUUUCUUCUGUAGGACCAAACAACUGGUUCUUAUCAGCUGCUUAGAAGAUUCUACAAACGAGAUUCGGGAGCUGUCAGCUGGAUUAUUGCUGAGAUUUUUCCCAUCCAGUUUUCCAGAUGAUAUUGCAGGAGUGCUGCACACAAGAACCAAACAGCUUCUGUGCAGUCCGCGGGUGCAGGAGGCUCAGAUGGGAGCGCUGAUGAUGAAACUCCUCCUGCAGAAAUGGCAAGACUCUGGAGGCUCCAGGCUGAGCAGUAACAUUGCUGUCAGCAGUGGAAGUGACCCAGUGGCCUCCUGUGUGGUCAGAGUUCUGGUGAAGGAGCUACAGGAGCACUAUCUGACAGCCAAGGCAGACACGAUGCUCGCUGCCAGAACCAAACCGAUACAUGGAGUUCUAAGUGCCCUUCAGAGAUGUUUGCUCGAGGCACCCCACAGCAUCUAUGAGUUACUUGACCACAGUCUGAACACUGAGGUUCUGAUUCUGCUGGAGAGCAUCUCUCUGCUGCUGCUCGGUGUUCUCUACGGAGACCAGGACGUUUGUGCUACCGAAAAGGAUGCCCCGCCAUCUUUCUGUGAUAUGGGAAAUGCCAUCAACUCUCUGAUAGCCCAGGCGUCUUCAGGUGGUCAAGCAGAUGGAGACGAGUGUGUCCUGCUGUCUGAGGAGCACAGCCUUGUUCUCACCUGCUGCUGGGUCUCCCUAAAGUUGUGUGUGCUUGCUGUAUUUUCCUAUCAGGAGAUAGGCAUUCUUUUAGGUUCACUGGUGGAGAAAAUUCUCGCAGAAACCAAAGAACCCAGCAAGUGUCUUCUAUCGAAACAGGAUCUAAUGAGAGCAUCAAAAGUAUUCAAGAAUAUUCUUCUCAAAUGUCGUCACUGGGGGGCAGUAGAAGGAUGCUGUAUCGGCUUCACAAAGUUCUGUGCCUCUCUGUUGAGCAGCACUGAUCCAGAGCUUCAGGAUAUUCCAGCUCAAAUGCUGAAACAAGGAUUGCAGGUUGUUCAGAGCCUUCGUUCCACAUCUGUGACCCGGCGGGCUGCAGGGUUGCCGAUGUUGAUCCUCUGUGUUGUGUCAGCAGAGGAGGCCAGUAAAUCAAGACCACUGUUAGCCCACAGUAUGCAAACCUUACUGGAAACAGCUAAAACCCCCCUCAGUGAGCACUGGGACCAAACACUGGACCUGCCACAGGUGUGUGCGGUUCACACUCUGCAGGCUCUGGUUCGUGGUGCAGGUUUAGGAGGAGCUGUUCUUCAGUUUGCGCCUGCUGUAGCUAUUUUGUCUCUCACUCUGCUCAGUUCUCCCUGCUGGGCCAUGAGGAAUGCUGCUCUGCAACUUUACAGUUCUUUAUGCUCGCGAAUGCUCGGCCAGAGGUCCAGCAGUGAGGAGGCUGGUCCUACCCAGCAUGGCAUGUCCCCUCCUGCCUUCUUUUUCCACUACCCUGGGCUCCAGCCCUUCCUCCUGGAUGAGCUGAGAGGGGCAGCACAAGUCCUCCAGGGUCCACCUAAUGAGGCCAAGCUACACCUCCAGCCCUCACUCUAUCCCAUCCUCACUCUGCUGUCUCAGCUCCAGCCUGGUGUCCAAGAUUCAACAGAAACUUUGUCAGACUUCCUGCCUCCGUUACUCCAGCUGUCUGCCAGUCCUGUUUACAGUGUGAGAGUGAUGGCCUCCAAGGCUCUGGUUGCCAUGGCUCCCCCCUCAGACUACAUGAACAUCCUCAUCAAACUCACAGCUCAACUGCCCAGUGCACAGGAGCGCUGCUGUCACAACCAGCUCCAUGGCCAGCUGCUGCAGAUCAAAGCUAUUCUGGAAAGAGCUCUCAGUGCAGGCAGGGCCCCUUCAGAUGACCUGAGUGAGGUGCUGAUCGGGGUGCAAGCCUCGCUGUGGCUGGUGACUGAAGCUCAACGCUGCCCCCUAGUGAGAGCAGUGUACCUCGGAGUGGCAGACUCUCUGAGAAGCCUGUGCUGUGAGACCUUCCUGUCAAAGCUCAGUCAUACACUCAUGCACAGCCUCCAAACUCCUCAGCAGGGUCUUCAGGUUGGGCUGUCAUCCUUCCAUCAACAAGCAAUCCACUUCCUGUGUGCAGAUCUAAAGUGUGCCUGUAAAAUCUGGGACAGCUUCUCUGCAGCAAGUCCCGACCUGAGGCUCUCAUUGGUCACGUGGGUGCUGGAUGGACGGGGAUCGCAGCAGACGGGCUUGAAAGAAGUAAUCCAGAGGGUGUUGCAGUCAAACUUGAGGGAGGCCUUGUUGAGUGACAGUGUGGAGUACCGCAGGACCUACCUCGCAGCCCUGAUAGCAGUGACAGCCCACGGUGAUUCUGUUUUACCCCAACAUCUGCUGCACUCGGCCCCACUGGAGGAGCCAGUUCUGCCUGAGUGUCUGGAUUUGUUGCUAAGGGACCUGGAGGCCCAGAGAGGCGGCCCAGAGUUUCUAUCCCAGGCCCUGUAUGCUGCUAGUCUGCUGCUUUCCCAAUGGACAGACUCCAGUCUAAAGAUAUCUGCGUUGGAGCGCUGGUGUAACAUCUUGGAGUACCAGCGGGCCCCAGACGCCCCUGAAGCGCUCAGGAUGGCGUGUGCUGAAGCUCUGUGUGUAGCUGGAGCUCCACUAAUGAACAACAGCACUCAGCCUGCCUUUGUGAUCAGGCUCAUCAACACAGGCCUUUACUUGCUGCAGGACCAAAGCCAGCAGGUGAGGAUGAAAGCAGCCUGCUUUACCUCAGUGCUCCACCAUGCAAGAAGAGGAGAAAGGAAGAAGAGCAUCUACCUCAUGCAGGUCAACCAGGCUCUGCUGCUCCUCCUGGACCUGCUGCUGGAGGACUGCUGGGACACUCCUGGUACCCUAGAGGUGCUGCUGUGUCACCUGCCUCAGUGUGACCUCAGAUCUGUGCUGAGAGAGGCGUCAGUGGGAGGGUGUUCCACUCUGUAUGAGCAGGACGAGGCCAAUGUGUUUGCAGAGCCCUCUGUGAUGUCUGCACAUGUGCUGCAGUACCUGCUGCAGAUGGCUGAAAAAUACUCUCAAUCCUCUGCUCUGGCAUCGAGCCUGAAUUCAUGGGCAGAAGAGAGUGCUACACAGGUGCUAGACAAUCUUACUGUCUGCAAGAAGCUCCUGCCAGCUGAGACAUUGACGCCCAGUUGGCUGGCUCUCCUCAUGGACCCCCGUUUCCACAGCAGCCUGUGUGGCCUGUUCACUAGAGCUGCCUUCCUCCUCCAGCUGCUGAAAACAUCUGAUAGCAUACAGCACCUCUGCGAUCCUUCAUCCGUGCACACGAGUUUACAGGAGGUUUGCAGUCUGCUCGCUCAGAACGGUGUCCACUUUCCCUCGGCGGUAACAGCUGCUGUGGCUGGAGAGCUGCUGCUGUGAUGUAACACAGACGCUUUUUUAUACGCUCAGUGGGCAAAGCCUGUUGGACGGCGUGUCCCGGGAUGAAAUGACCUGUGGAUAUUUUAAGGCUGCUGAUGACAGACACAUGUGCAGCCUUAUUCUUGAAUGAAUAUCAGAAGUGCUGAUGCUGCAGUGCAUCAGCAGUUGGGAGGCUGACUGAGUUACGUAAGAGCUCAGUUGCUGCAGUCACUUGUGUCCAUCAUCACAUUUACUGUGAUGAAUAAGAGACCCUCUGGGCAGUGGGUGCUGUGUGCAAAUACACAAAACGGUGCACUGAAACAGCUGCUCUUCAUAGGCUCUCGAGGCCUGUUUUUGCAAGAAAGCUUUUAAAUAGGGUUUAUAACAUGACAUUUUCUGAAACUUUAUUCAUUUUUAGAAUAAGGCUUUUCAAAUAGAGCUACAGUAAGAGGUCUGUCUCACUUUCACCUCAAACACUGUGCUUUUGUCCCUUGUUGUUCAGAGCUAUAUACUUGCCAUGUCUCAGCAGGAACAGCAGCAAGACUCAGACUGGUGCACUGAUGUAAUGCUACAGCAUUUAGAGAACAUGAUCAGCCCUAUACAGUGUGUAGCCUCUAAUGACAAGCAGGCAAAAUGCAGGCUUUGGCAUCUGAUUUUAAAUGUAUAGCAGUAACCCAAUAGCAGUCACCCGUACUCUUGACAGAAAGUUUCAGUUUAAAAUUUUAAUUGAAAUAUUUCACAGUUAUGGAAACCCAUUUAAAAAAAAAACAAAAAAGAAAUUGCAGUGGGUGCUGUGUGCACAUACAGAAAAGUAACCAAAAUUAAGACCUGCUCCUCAUGAGCUUUCAAGGCUUGUUUCUACAAAAAUGCUUCAAAUAAGACUUAAAAAAGGUCAUAUUUUUUAAGUGAAGCUUUACUUGUUUUUAGAAUUUAAAGCUGUUUUUACGCAGAGCUGCAGUAAGGUCUGUCUUUCUAAUCACAUUCACCCUGAGCUUAAUGCUUUUGUCUUGUGCUGUUCUAAGCUGUAUACUUCAUCAGUAAACCUCAGACCGAUGCAUUGAUGUAAUGCUACAGCAUCUGGAGAAAUUGCCUGCUUGGCACCCAGCUGGGGAAUACAGUGUGUGGUUUAUUGUUCCAUUAGAGGCCUUCUGCUCGGAUAAGUGUCCAUUUUCCAACCACAUGAGGGCAGACAAUGAUUGACUGGAUGCGAUAGAGAGUUGGCGGUUGCCCCGCAACCGACCACACACUGGAGCAGUCUUACAUCAUCAGAUAGCCCACUGCUUUUGUUUGAGAUGGGUGGCUCUCAGUAUCAGACAAACACUGACAUGAAAGUGUUUAUACAUGCUAUGACUGGCCAUGUUAAGGUAUUAAUUAAAUGUAUACGGAUGCUUACCUGUGUAAGAGUCUAACCAGUCAGUUAAUCAGCGUGCGACGACAAUGUAGCCCUAUCCGCACUUUCAUUGUGUAUGCAUGAAGAACAUCUAAAUUAGGCAACAACAAUGACAAUAAGCUUGUAUUAAUGAUUCAUACUUAAACCUUAUGUAAUGUGUUUCCUAUGAUGCACACCCAGAUCCACACCUGCUGCGUGGAGUUCUGAGAUUAACAUGUGCCUCAUAGGAAACUGUCAGUGAUUCUGUUUGAGAAGAGGAUUCAGAAAAAAAGAAAUGAUCAGUCAAAAUGAAAAAGUUGGACAAACUUUGAAUCAUUCAAUCAAUUCUUUAAAAAAUUGAAUUGCGCCACACUUAACACCUACCAUGUGCUUUCUUUUGAUCAAAACUUUCUGCUGCUCACCAAAUGAUCAUAUGAUUCAGCUUCUUACAUUUGUAAGUGUUUCAAGCCAAAGCUGCAUAGCAGGCAAUCAUAUAAACUUUACUUCAAAACAAUGGUAAGAAACACAUGUUGCUUGAGCCUGUCGGCAUGCUUGAAAAUAAAGGUUGAAAUUUAAUGGAAAGAUGUACUCAUUUUGGUUUCUGUUCUUGCUUGAACAGCAUGCAGUAUUAGGGCUUCUGCCUCAACCUUGAAGACAAAGCUUAAGAAGUGAGUUUUAAGUUGAGCAGGGUUGUAAACCUCCUGAAGGCAGAGUGUGUAUAAUGGAGAAUGACCAUCUGGCUUAAUAAAAGCUGGCCGAUCGUUACUGCGAGUCUCUGGGCUCUCAGUAAGCCUGCGUCCUGCUAAUUAAAUGAUUAACUAUGGCAACAGGGAACAAGGCCAAGUAGGUACAGCCACUUUGAUGGGUGGGUGUAUGUGUGUACAUAAAUACAGACAUUUGUGCGCCACUUGGACUAUGAGUGUUUUUCCACUGUUGUGUUACAAGUAGCCAGAGGAUCCUUGCUUUUAAGGUUAAAAAAAAUGGCAAGGCUCAAGUGUUUUUCAUUCUACAAAUGGAGUAACAGUAUCAAUCUUAACAACCUUCUUGAUGUAUGGGUUUUGUCAGUGUAACUGUGCACUUUGAUUUUUAAGAUUAUCGGUUUGUCCUGAAUAUAAUAAACAUCUGGAAUGAG